AUGAAAUCAAGUCGUCGUAGUGCUUCUGCCUGUACCCCUGUCCAGCAAAUCGCCAACACACGAAACGCCUCGCAGGUUGCCGCCGAGACCGUGAUCGAUGCCCUUAAGCAGCUAGCCUUUCUUCGUACUGCCAUUUUUCUGGUGGUUUGGCGUAUCUCUGAUGGGCCCGAAGGUCUUCAUGCCAUCUUUCGAUAUCUAGUCAACAUUCAUCAAAGCUCCAGCGAUCCCUGUGCAUUUGACAUACCAAGCUUGAAGGGACAAGCAUUGGUCAAUUGUGCUUCCGAUGUGGUAUGCCGAUCUGCGGGUGCUCCGGUCAUUCUGGUCGGCACACAUGCCGACCGAUGUCCUACUUGGUGGCUGCCACUCGAUUCUGUCGCACGCGUGACUUCUGAAUAUUUUGCAGGCUCCAGCGAUCCCUGUGCAUUUGGUAUACCAAGCUUGAAGGGACAAGCAUUGGUCAAUUGUGCUCCCGAUGUGGUAGCAAGCGCAAUGGGAUACGGGGCCUCCUCCGUGUUGGCCGGCAAUGUUCUUCCACAUCCGUGCAUCCUUGAGCUGGCUGGGCUGCAGCUAAACUCUGGCUCUAUCUGGCCAAUCACCUCCGCAUUGACAGGCUCCACUACCGCUGGUAACGACUCUGACUCGACCACCAGCGGCGUUGGUAGCUGGCUGGGAAACUAUGACUCGAAUCCGUCUGGUUGUGGAUCAUCGGAGGCCAGUGGCUCUAACCUAAUGCCCAGCUUCAACGGUCCUUUGAUCUGUAUAGGCAAAUCGGAUGUCUGGCUGACACUACGCGCACUGUCUGGUCUGAUACACAAGACGGCUAACAAUUUGCGCCUUCCUGGUACCAAGAUUUUUUAG